AUGGUAUCUAAGGCGCAGAUAAUUGACUUGAAUUUAAUCCAGAAUGAGCAGAAUUUGUAUGAGUUGGUGAGGCAGACUUUGCAACGGUAUGACACUUUUCUGUUGAAAAAUUAUGCCAACUACGAAAAUCUACGAGAAUUGGUGGAGGAGCUAGGUAAGAAUGUUCCAGACACUGAGCUUGGGUUCGAUGCUAACUUUACAGGGGUAUUGGUGGGCGAGGAUUGCAGUGUUGAACAAUAUAUAUACAAUUCUGAUUCGAGAUGGCAGUUUCCGAGGUACUGUGAUAAUGAGUUACUGAACAAGCUCCACUCACGUCUAGUGAAAUUGUCAUUGUAUUUCAGUAGAUUAUGCCUUCAGUCUGUGAUGGAGGGCGAGAUAGACGAUUCUAUACUGAGUAAGGGGAAUAACUGCACUAUAAUUAGGAGAUACUUUUCUCGUAAUGUAUCGUCAUCUGUUCUUCCGGGACUUAGCUUUGACUACGCUGAUGAAUACAAACUGUUUCAACCUGUGGGGCUACUUUCGGUGUUUCCGGUUGCUAAGAACAUACAAACGAAUGUCGAUGGUAAGUGGGUGACGGUGCAAGAGGAUGAUUGUGUUUUAAUUCAUACCGGUGUUCUUAUGGAAAAAUUGUCCAAAGGCUUUCAAACUUCGGGACCUAUAAAGAUCUUGAAGAAUUCGAGCUCGAUCCAUAUCGAAAUGUCGCCGGCACUAAAUUUUAAGGUUGAGAGCUGUGAUUCCACGUUAGGUCAACUUCUGUUGAACCAAAUGAUAAAGCAAUUCCCAGAAGUUGCCCAAAAGUUUUAUGCUACAGAACUAAAUAAAAUACAGUUGGAAAAAUUGGUUGCGUCUUUAAAAUCAUUAUAUCAACAUGCUAAUUCGGUGCUGGCUCUAUAUAAGAUAAACCACCCUGUUGCUGACUAUGUUGAAGCGGAGCAAUUACUCCCUCAGAUUAGUUCUAUGGCAAAGUGGAAAAUAACCGAGACUCAAAUCCUCAGAAUGAUGUAUAUCUGGCACAAAUCUUUCUCUCUGGUAAGAAAGGAGGAUUAUUCUAUCUUAUUUUCACUCAAGGAUGUAUCAAUUAGCACAAAUAAGACCAAGAUGUUACAAUUUAGCGAUAGGAUUGAUUCUUGGUUACGUAGCUUCUUGGAAAGUGAACCAAAGGAGCUUACUUUAGAGAUUCCACAGUUCAAAAUUUCAGAUAUCCCAAUCUUGAAGCGUCCUCAGAGCAGUGGUAAAUCCGUUUGGAGGAAAAUGGGGAGCUGCAAUGUAACUUCCCUGAAAGGUGUUUCGAAGGCAUGCAGUACUCGUGAUAGCACAAAUUCAAACAAUUUGUUAGAGAGAAUUAGAAUCAAGGAGAGUAAAGCUUCAGAAUUAUUGUCCAAAAGAGAGUUUCUGUGGGAAAAGUUUCUGAAGGUUAAGCAAAGACAGGUAUUCGAUAUUUUGGUCACUUUGCCUGCGCAGACGCCAUAUACAUCUAGCUAUCUCAUUCCAUUAAUAGUGGAUUCACUGAGAGAUUCCAAUAACCCAGUUGGCGAAAGAGAGGUUGAGCAGAUCUUAGGAAAUCUCCAAACCAUACUUCAAGAUAAAAUGACAAUUUCAGAAGUUGAUGGCGGGUUAAAGGUCUAUAAAUGGAAACUCUUGGAUAAGAAUUUCUCUCUAAAUAAGAUCAAGCUCUAA